GAGUCAUUUACUCGGAUCGGUCCAUCACUACCAAUUUCUGUUAAAAUUGUUGUUUUGUUCCCUUUUCCUAUAAAGUUUUGUUUUGUUUAAUCAACCCGACUGAAUUAAUUUCUCCUUUUUAUAUAUUUUUUUGUGAAAAUGUCUCAAGUUGUGGAAUUUUAUUCCGAAGAAAAAAGAUUGAAAUCUUUCUUUGAGAAGUCAUGGCCUUUGGCUAGUUUGAAGCCACAACAAUUGGCCAAAUGUGGUUUUUUUUAUUUGGGUGAUGGAGAUCGCGUUCAGUGUCCAUUUUGUGGGAUCGUCAUCUUCAAUUGGCAAUCUGGAGAUUUACCAAUUUUUGAACAUAAAAUUCAUUCUGGUAAAUGCCCAUUCAUUAAUGGUCGUGAUGUUGGCAACAUUUUUAUCGAUGAAGAUCCAAGGGAAAUUUAUAAUUUGUGUGAGAGUGAAGAUGUAUGUGGAUUCACUCACAUCUCUCCACCUGAUCAAAAAGAAGAAAAAAUUAUUCAACCUGUGAUUGAUCCUGUGGAUGUGAAGGGUAUCCCUUUCAAACCUCCUCAAUCAAUGGAAUUCAUAACUUAUGAUUCCAGGCUGGCAACAUUUAAAGAUUGGCCCAUUUCGAAAGUCAUUUCUCCUGCACGGUUGGCCGAAAGUGGAUUUUUUUACAAAGGCCCAGUUGUUGACUCUCGUAAUCAGCAUUACACGGACUUUGUUUCCUGUUAUCAUUGUGGGAUCGCAUUGUGUCAAUGGGUUGAAGGAGAUGACCCAUGGACUGAACACAAAAAAUUCAAUCCUGAUUGCUUUUUUGUGAAUCUAGCGAGCCGUCAAGGUUUCGCCACAGAAACAUCACUCUCACAACCACCGUCUUCAGAACCACAGCCACAAGAUGAAUCAACACAAUCAUCAUCAUCAUCAGAACCAAAACCAGAAUCAAAACCAGAACCAAAACCAGAAUCGAAACCAGAACCAAAACCAGAACUAAAACCAGAAUCAAAACCUGAAUCAAAACCAGAUCCAGAAGUAGAACCAGAGCCACAGGAUAAAACAAAACAAUCAGAAUCAGAAUCAGAGCCAGAGCCAGAACUAGAAAACAAAACAAUAUCUUCAACUACAGCUACAUCUCAACCCAAACCAUUCAUCCCAUUUACGUGGUUACCAAAAUCUGAAUUAAUAGAUUUGACCUGUAAAGUGUGUUUGGAUUUGCAAGUGGGUGCGACAUUUUACCCAUGUCUGCACGCAUCUUGUGCAGUAUGUACUUCAUCAAUAGCGAUUUGUCCAAUUUGCAGAGCUAAAAUUGAAAGCGUUGGCAAAUUGGACACAGAAUUGUCUAAAAAAAAAAUUUCUUUUUAUGUAUAAAAACUGUACCCAAUUGAUUUUAUGUUUAUUUGUUUUCUAGAAUGGAAAUAAAAAAUCUGAAAAAAAAACCAAA